AUGAGAAAUAUGGACAGUUACAUUGUUAACAAUCUUGAACGUCGCCUUGGCAUGGAUCUCAAUGGUGAUGGAUAUAUAGGUGGGCAAGGAUAUUUAGGUAUGCUUGAAAGAAUAACGAGAGUAGAUAUUAAUGGCGAUGGCAUACUUGGUCGUAGACCGGAUGUUGUUCCUGGAUAUCCCGCAGUAUACGGUUAUCCUUCAAUGGUAUAUACUCCACAAGGCCGGAUUUAUGCAACAAAUAACUAUGUUGCUCCAUUCUCGAGUAGCCGCUAUUACUACUAA